ACCGAAUGAAUAAAGUACGAAUUAAUAAUAAAAUCUACUUUCACUUUGGACGCUUGUGUGCAUUCGUGUGUAUACAUUUGAAUGACAAUAUGGAGGAAAACAGACGAAAUAUGUUGUUGAAGUUCCCGUGCUUAGUUCCAAAAAACCUUGACUUUACUGAGUAUGAUGGAUACAUUCAAGUUUUGGAUCAGGAAUAUAGAAUGAACAUCAAAUUACCAAAAGAUGGAAGACUACGAGAUGCGAAAUUAACAUGUGAUUGGAAAUUAGAACAGAUUUUGAAAAAGUAUGAAAAAAUUGUAACACAGAGAUUAGCUCAAUGUGGAAAUCUUCCAGCUUUCUUGGAGGAGCUGAGAAGUAUUGCAGAGAGGCAACUUAGUUCCCAAGAUCAAUGUAAAUCAACAGCAUUUAGUAGCAAUUGUGCACAACUGAUAUCAGAACUAGAAAAUAUUGGAUGGGAAAAAGUGGUUUCUGUUGAUGCAGAUUUUCAAUCAUUCCAAAUCAAGUACACAGAUGCAAAGCAGAGACAGCAUAUAAUGAAAAUCAAGCUCCAUCCUCAAAAUUCAAGGCAUGCUCCUACGAUUGCAGUAGAUCUUCCUGCCGAGUUUGAUGUUGUUUGGACACCCUCUUCUACACUUCUAGAUGUAUUCAAUCAGUUUGUUCAUAAUGUUGAUCUUUAUCAAGAAUUAUGGAAUAAUUUGGAUGAAUUGGACCAGAAAACAUGGAUUCUAGAACCAGAUAAUCCCACGUUUGCUGCCACUAAUAGAAGAAUUGCCUUAAGUGCGAGCGCAUCUGUACAAGUAACUGUAGAUCCCAAACAUCCGCAUAGCUUACCAGAAAUCAAAUUCCUGGGGUCAGAUAAGGCAACCAAUCCUUUGCGGGAAAACAUGACAACUAAUCUGGCUUUGUGGAAUGAAAAUGAUAGCCUCCUUAAAAAUGUAUCCACUGUAUUAGAUGUUACAUUUCCUUCUCCUUCAGACUCCAGGAAGGAGGAUUUUAGUGCAGAUUGUGGAAUAUGUUACUCCUACAGGCUAGGAAUGGAAAUUCCUGAGGAGGUGUGUAAUGAUUCUCGUUGUGGCCAGCCCUUCCAUCAGACCUGUUUGAUUGAGUGGUUACGAGGACUUCCUGCAUGUAGACAGAGCUUUAACACUAUAUUUGGGGAGUGUCCAUAUUGUGGAACUCCCAUUACUGUAAAAAUGUUGAUUAAGAAAUGAGAUGUUUGGAAAAUGAAUUAAAGGUUUGAAGAUUUAACAUUUAAA